AUGUAUUAACAUUGUUGCCAAUCGCUUCUUUUCCCUUCUCUAGUACUACCGCAAGUUUUUGCCUUUUGUGCACCUCCCUGUGCCGGUUCAUGUUGUCGUUUUCUAAAAAAAAUUUGUACAGCAAGCUACAUCAGUCACCUUCGAUCAUUUAGCUAUUUAUAUUGUGUAUUACGCUUUGUUUAACUUGAUCUGCUGGUGUUUUUAAAGGUUAAAUGGGAAGUGGGUCUCGGUUUUUACAAGUUCAGCUGCGCUAGAAGUGGAAAGAAAAAAGGAACAAGCUUGUCUAAGAGGAGGUAGUGGCAGAAGUGCAGGAAUUGCUAAAGGGCAGUCUGGCUUUUGUUAUUUCUUAUUUUAUUGCUUACCAUAGCUAGAGCUUCGAUUAAGGCAUACCGGGCCAUAUCUCCUCGCUGCAAUGCCGAUGUCUCCAGAAGCAUCUAAUUGCGAUGAGGUUUCCAUGCAGCAGAGCUUGUUAUUCUCUGAUAGUCUCAAGGAUUUGAAAAAUCUGAGAACACAACUCUACUCAGCAGCCGAGUAUUUUGAGCUGUCCUACGCCAAUGAUGAUCAAAAGCAAAUAUGGUCGUGUACAUGCAGAGUGAUAGAAACAUUAAAGGAUUAUGCUGUAAAAGCUAUUGUGAACACCGUAGAUCAUUUGGGUUCUGUGACAUACAAGGUUAACGAAUUUUUGGAUGAAAAGGUUGAUGACGUUUCUGGAACCGAGCUUCAGGUUUCUUGUGUUGAAGAGAAGGUACGCAAAUGUCAAGAGUAUAUUGAUCUUAAAGGAAUUUCCCAACAGUCGUUGAUGAUUAAUACACCAAUGUACCAUAAACGGUACAUCUUGCCAGUCGGGGAGACCAUGCAUGGUGCAAACCGGAGCAAGUCGAAAAAUCUAGGAUGCAGACUGGAAGCUGAAGAUGACUGCCAUCAGUUUAGAAAUGCCGUUCGAGCUACAAUUAGGGAAACCCAACUGCCACCAUCUUCUGUCAGAGAAACUGCGGCAUCCUCAAUCAGAAAAGGACGUUCUCCAUCACCUUCUUCGCGACCUCAACAACGAUCCACAACGUUUUCCUUUACUGCUAAAAUACCAAAGAAAGAACUAGAGAAGCGAACAGUAUCACCUCUUCGACUUCCACGUUUUAGUUCUGGGUGUGAUACCAGGCCAACAACCCCAAAUAAGAGUCGGCCUAGUACUCCAAAUUCAGCCGGUGCAAGGCGGCGGUAUCCCUCGGAGCCUCGGAGAUCAGCUUCAAUCCAUAUUCAAUCGGAGAAAGACAAGCCCGAAUCUGUUGAACAAUAUCCAAGUAAAAGUAAAAGACUCCUUAAAGCAUUGCUUAGUCGUCGCAAAUCAAAGAAAGAUGAGAUGCUGUAUACUUAUUUGGAUGAAUAUUGAGAGAACAAAAUAAAAACUAGGAUGAUAGAUGGCCGACAAAAUGGCCAGUGAUAGAGGCAAUGCAAAAUAAAUAUGAUAAUUGUCAAAUUGAGUAUGUCUCACACGAACAACAUAUUUUAUGCUUAUAUCUCAUUAUAUAUAUAUAUUAUAUUAUACAGAA